AUGUUGCAUCACCCUUUGAUUUCUGUGGACAGUCUUAUGCCAGCUAUGCUUGAAUUUCGGGCUAAAAGCAAAACGGGAAAAGAUAUUUGCCAAUGGAAGCCUAAGUACAGGCACCGAUGUGCGUCACAUCAGAAAUUAGAGCCACGAACGGAAGGUUCCUACAGUGUUGACUUUGUUCUUUUAAAAAAACAAGCUAGAAGCGCGUCCCCGUCACUCCGAGCAGAGUCCCGGCGGGAGCCUCGGACCGGACCGCCAGGCCCUGUUGCCGGAGCAGCCGGCCGCCUACCACCUGGAGGCCCGCCCGGGGGACUUCGCCCGCACAGCCACAGGACCGUCGCCGCCGCGCCCCCGCCGCCGCCCUACACCCACCCGGUCACAAGGAUACCUACCCGCCGUCCCAGGGUCUACGUUUCUAUCCACCGUCGAAAUGUCACCAGGUACCCUGCCCAUUCCAUUGUCGUUGGAGGCCACCCCAGUCUGCAGAGUCGGGUUUGGGAGGACUUCUUCACCUUCCUGGCCAUCUUCCUGGGCAUCAUUUUGUUCCCAUUUGGGUUCGUCUGCUGUUCUGCCUCCAGGAAGCAAAGAUACUCCAAAGGCGGAGCAAACCUUACUUUAAAGGGAACGAUACACCUGACUUUCCUACAUCCUGACAUCUUUUCGUAAUGUAAAUGUGUACAACAGCUUUGUUUGAUUAAACUUUCAGGAUUGUUUUGUAAAGUGAGGUGGGAUAGAUCUGGCUAGUGUGAGCUGAGGUUUCGUGAGCACAGGAGUCAUAGCCGUGGACACGCAGCAACACUGCUCCCAGGGUAAAUGACAACCCAAUAAAACACUGCUUUUAUUUUUUGCAGUGUUCAAUUUGAGAAAGGUGAGAAAUAACGUUUUAAAUAAACGAGAUUCAUACCAUUGU